AUGGAUGAUCAAGAGGAUGAGGCGUUUGUGGUGCCCACCAAGAACGAUGUGAUUCGGUGGAAACAGCACCCAGGAACAAAGUUCUACAUUGACCUCUUGGAACGCCACGCCAAAAAGCUGCCUCCGCAAGGGUCAGUCCAUCACGAAGGCCAAAUGAACGAGAAGGCCAAGCAGAUUGUCAGAACCGUCACCAUGUGCAAAGGUCGUUUCUUGAAGAGUGUUGAAGGGAACAGGUACCGAGUGAUGAAUGACAAUGAAGCACUGCAGAAAGCAGUCAGAGGAUUGAGAAACAAGCAAAAAGCCAUGUUGGGUGGUGGUGCAAGCGUGGUAGUGGGGCAUCGCAUGGAAACCACCAAAUCAGAUCUGAAGCAAGCUCCCAAAAAGGAUCCAGAUGGAGCGCAUUUCGCUCGCGACGCUUCCACCACAGAAGAAUCCUUCGCCGUGCAGAAGAACCCUCCGCCACCAAAAAAGCCAGCGGCGAAACCUCCAAGGGUCGACACGAGUGGUGAAGACAAAGUAAUUCCUUUCUUCCCGUCGGAUAGAGAUGUUAUCUCUACUGUUAAUGUUCAUUACAUUCUCAAUCACAAAGGCACAGUGGCUUAUGGAAAUCUACUAGAGAAAUUCUCUCUGAAGCUUCCACCAACGGGCCAUGUGGAUUUCCAAGCCCGCCUGGAGGAAUUCUCUCAAAAGAUUGUGGAUACGGUGACCAAACGAGGGCGCUUCUUGAAGAUUGAGGGUGAAAUGAAUCCAUCCCAUUGCAUUCUUAUGGAUCGAAAAUCCGCGCUGCUAAAAGUAAAAUACGGUCUCCAGAGCAAGCAGAAACGACAACUGGAGACGAAAAAGCCACCAGCAACGGAAAGCACUGCAAGGGGAUCCCGAGACCGCGGUGCCACCAGCAACGAGGGAUCCAAACGAACUCGAAGGGGCGAAAGGACAGCAGACAGUCAGCCUUCGCAUGAAACAGUAGCCAGUGAAGCAAAAACGUCCGCCAAGAUGGAGGCCGAACUUAAAAGACUUGCUGCUACAAUGGGGACUGUGAUUCCUUUUGAACCCACAGACUAUGAUGUAGUCUCUACGAGAAAUCGGCACUGGCUUUUGAAUCACAAGGGAACAAUCGCAUAUGGAAAGUUGAUUGAGGAAUAUUGCGCGGAGCUACCACCAUCGAAUCAUCAUCCUGACUUUUCGGCUCGGAUCAGUGAAGUUGCCAAUACAGUUGUCGAUCAAAUCAUGGAAAAAGGUCGCUUCUUGAGAAUUAUCGAAGGCUUCCAAAACCCAACGCACUGCCUUGAACUAAACCGACAGGCGGCAUUGCGUAAAGUUGAUAUUGGUUUCAGGAAUAAGAUUGCUCGCAAUCCAAAACUCAACAGGAAAUUCGCCAGCUCUGAAAAGACAACACGGAGAGCCACCAGAUUGGAAGAGUCUGAGAAAGCAGUGACAUCCAACACAUUGGAAGAGUCUCCACCAGCAACAGCGAAGGAAAGUUCCACGGACUCGUUGGAAUUGCCAAGAAAAGUAUCAGCAAGAAAGACAUUGACACCCAGCAAACCAGCACGGCCUACAGUGGAAGAGAAACCUGCAACAGAAGGGGAAAAGGAAACCCUGACUAUGAUUCCAUUUGAACCCACUGACACGGAUGUGAUCUCAUCGAGAAAUACGCAAUGGAACGAAGAACACAAAGGGACAACUGCCUAUCUCCAGCUUCUGGACCUAUUUUCUCCCCAGCUUCCACCACAUGGUGACGAAGACUUUGCAUCGCGUCUCAGGGAAUUUGCAAUAACAAUUUACAACCAAAUCACGAUUGAGCAACGAGGGCGCUUCUUGAAGAUUGAUGACAAUGGUGUCAAACAAGCCACUUUCUGUUACAUAAUGGAUCGUGAGUCCUGCCUGGCCAAAGUGGAGCUUGGCCUCAGGAAGAAGCACAAGAACACAGAGAAGGAGGAGUCUGAGGAGCCAUCUCUGAAUGAUUCAAUGGCAGCUAUGGCGCUGCAAGGAAUGUCAGUGGACACAAGAGAUUCAGACACAGCAGAAGACUCACAACCACCAGAAGAUUCAGAACCACCAGAAGAGUCAGAACCACCAGAAGCCCCAGCAAGGGCUGGACGUGUACCUAUCGCAGAACGAGAGGGUGUGUUUCCAUUUGUCCCCACUGACAGAGAUGUGAUAGCUUCCCAAUGUCCAAAGUGGAACCAUCAGCAUGAAGGUGCUACUGCUUACAGCAAGCUUAUAGAUCAGUACGUUCUCAAGCUUCCAAAGAUGGGUUCUCAAAACUUCAUAUCCACCCUUAAGGACUUUUGUGGAGCAAUUUAUGACCACAUCACCCUGGAGAGGAAAGGGCGCUUCUUGAAACUUGCCAAUGAUGGCUUGAAUCCAACACACUGCUACAUCAUGAGCCGUGAAGCGUGCAUGUACAAAAUUGAGCAUGGCCUCAGGAAGAGAUACAAAAAGCGGGAUGUUGUCCAGAAGAGAGUCAAGGAGUCUAUGAUGUUGGAAGCAGGAGUGCCGCCAGAGAGAGCACCAGAGAUGGCAGAGGACACCCAAGAGAAUGAAGUGCCUGCUACUAGAUCUGGGCAGAACCCCGUAGCAGAGCCAGGUGCGGUGAUCCCCUUUGUCCCCACUGACAGAGAUGUGAUCUCGUCACAGUAUACUCGUUGGAACAUCCAACACAAUGGUGCAAUUGCUUACAGCAAACUGUUGCAGGAGUAUGCUGCCAAGCUUCCAAAACUCUCUGAUGACAAGUUUAAUUCCCACCUCAAGGACUAUGCCAACGCAAUCUACAAAAUCAUCACAGAAGAGAGACAAGGGCGCUUCUUGAGGUUGGUUGAUGAUGGUAUCAAUGCAACAUGUUGUUAUGUAAUGGAUCGGGAAUCUAUCCAGGGCAAAGUUGAGCACGGUCUCAGAAAUCGACAAAAGAGACUCCAAAAGCAUGCAACGAGCGCUGGUCACACAGAAUUGGUAGAUCCCAAGCCCCAAGACCUUCCUCCUAGGCCUCGGACUGUGGCAGCAACAACAGCAGCAGCAAGCAAGAAUGUGACCAUACCGCCAAAGGCGUCCAAAUCCAAACCAUCAGACUUUUAUUCGUUCCCAUCCUACGUCAAAGAUACGCGGCAUCCAGAACGGGAUAUCUUGGCAUUUGUGGGGCUUUCCAAUCCGAUCAAAAGCUGUUGCCGCAACAAGUGGUGUGAUGCGUCACGCAACCGUUUGGCUUCUGUCAAGGAUCGGGAUCAGUUGGUUCGAUUGGUUGUGGCCUUCCACUGCGAAGAACACGACGAAUCAGAAGAAGACAGCUGGCUUUCUCAGUGGCAGGUUUCGGAAGAUCAACACGAGCUGGAAUUGGGGGAGUUGGGGGCCAAAUUCAUUGUUUGCAAGACCGGUCUUUCGAAGCUGUUUGGAUUGGACUACGAGGAUGGUUUAACACUUCGCCGAGCUUCAGAAGCGGAGGAGAGCAGCCAGGACGAAGAAAGUGUCGUCGAAGUCCGAGCCUCCAGCAGAAGCAGUAUCAAGCGGCGCCGGGGGUUCUCGAACGAGCCAGAUGGCAGCCAGGACUUGCAUUACGCUCAAAUCUAUCAGCACAACACGCGAAAGAGGAGCCGGGAUGCCCCCAUCAUUGUGCAGACGUACGCUGAUUAUCCGGACUCUGUGGUCUAUUCCUGCGGCAUGGUCUCGCUGCCGCAGCGGGCUUUGAUAGCUGCCCGCAGAAAGAAUCGGGUGCUACGUCGGAAAGUUCGUUGA